AAGCAACAUGGCGGCUGCCGUAGUCUGCAAGGUGCCGAAACGGGCACUUUUACGUGUCAACAGCAAUGUAAUAACACAACAGGCUGAAACGUCAACUUUUAAGGAAUAUGUCCAGAAGAAGUCGAUCCUGGUGAAAGCGGCUGUUGGUUCAGCUGUUGUGGGGACUAUUGGAGUAGGUGCUGCUGUGUUUGCUGGUGUGUCUGCUUCUGCUCAUGGUGUACAUCCCCCUACUUAUGCCUGGGGACACAGACCCUUUCUAGCUUCUCUGGAUAUGGCAAGUGUACGACGAGGCUAUGAGGUGUAUAAACAGGUGUGUGCAGCCUGUCACAGUAUAAAACACAUGCGGUAUCGAUACAUGACAGAUGUAUUCAUGUCACCGAAGAGAGCUGCUCAAGAGGCAUCCGAGAUUAUGACAGUAGAUGGUCCAGACAAGGACGGAAACAUGUUUGAGCGACCUGGAAAGGUCAUUGAUCCUUUCCCUGUACCAUAUGCUAAUAAAGAAGCAGCACAAGCAGCCAACAACGGAGCUGCCCCUCCAGAUAUGUCCUACAUUGUGUUGUCGAGAGAGGGAACAGAGGACUAUAUCUUUUCUUUGUUGACUGGAUAUUCUGACCCACCAGCUGGACUUGAACUUGGCGAGGGCCAGUAUUACAACCCAUACUUCCCAGGAGGUGUUUUGGCCAUGGCUCCACCUCUUUACAAUGACAUCAUAGAAUAUGAGGACGGAACACCUGCUACAAAGAGUCAGUUAGCUAAAGAUGUCAUCACUUUCCUCAAGUGGGUAGGCGAGCCGGAGUUUGAUGAAAGGAAGAUAUGGGCAAUCAGGGCGGUACCACUUUUUCUCAUUUUCUCGGUGGUAGUGUACUACUACAAGCGACAUAAAUUUUCCUACCUCAAGUCCAUGGCCCUAACCCUGAAGAAAGAGCCAGUCAAGAAGACAAAGAUGUUCCCUACAGAGAAAAAUUAGUGACCAGUGGCCAAGCUGGACAUGUGUGACAAUGGACAAUGUGAUUUCAGAAUAUUUAAAAACAUCAGUUAGAACAACUUUUCUAAGAGGAAAGCCGAUUUUUACGCUUGAAGUCCAGAAAAUGUGUAUAUUAGUUCAAGCAUUGAAUGAAUAAAUGUUGAUGUCUUAUUGUUUUUGUGCUUGGCAUUCUUACUGAUAUUAAAAGAAUGUCCUGAUUGG